AGUCAUGCCAUAAAUGUGGAAGUGCCUGGGGUAGGCUAAAUCCAUUAGAGAGUUUGAAUGAAUCUCCAAUGUGUCGUUGACCGUGUCGCGCUUUGAGCACUUGACUGUGCUCCCGCCCACGUGGAGGUAAUCUGAGCAGACAGCAAUUGGCUCGAGCUCAGCUGUCUGAAUGACAGACAACAACACUCAGAAUUUUUUACCCUGGCACUGGAGAUCAACACCGCGCAUACGACAUUAAAACGCAUACAUGUUUUAUGUAAAAGAGUCCAUAUUCUUAUAGUUUUGAAGGCCGGUCGGUUAGUGGGUCGCCAUGAGGGCCCUGGACUUGCUCCUGCUGUCAUGUUGCUGGUGUGGCUUCUACCAGCUGGGAGAUGCAUCGGAGGGAGAAAAGCAGCUGAUGAAGGACCUCUUCACCAACUACAACCUGAAGGUUCGCCCUGCGCCCAAGCCUGGUGCCAAGGUGGUGGUCCGUGUUGGCAUGAUUCUGUCCUCCUUCGUUAGCCUGAACAUGAAAGCAGAAGAGAUGAGCACCAUCGUUAUCAUGAACCUGGAGUGGACUGACCACCGUCUCUCAUGGAACCCUAAAGACCAUGAUGGGAUUGAGGUGAUGCGACUUCCUGCUGGGAAGGUCUGGCUGCCUGACAUUGUACUCAUCAACAAUAAUGACGGCGUGUUUGAUGUGGCCCUCCAGGUUGCAAUCCAGGCGUAUAGUACUGGCCGGGUGACCUGGGCUCCGCCCGCCCUCUUCGUCAGCUCCUGUGGGGUCAAGGUGACGUACUUCCCGUUUGAUUGGCAGAACUGCACCAUGGUGUUCCAUUCCAUGACCUACGACUCAUCAGAGAUAGACCUACAGCAUGCCCUGGAUGACGAAGGCCGCGAGAUCAGAGAGAUUCAAUACGAUGGGGGCUUCAGUGAGAGCGGUGAGUGGUACAUCCGCCACCAGCCCAGCAGGAAGAACGAGAACCGCGCAGAGUUGUACGAGGACAUCACCUUCUACCUGAUCAUCGAGAGGAAGCCCCUCUACUACGUCUUCAACAUCAUCAUCCCCUGUAUCCUCAUCACCUGCAUCGCCAUCUUCAACUUCUACCUGCCGCCCGACGCUGGUGAGAAGAUGGGUCUGUCCAUCAAUGUGCUCCUCACCCUCACCGUGUUUCUGCUGCUGCUGGCUGACAAGGUCCCAGAGACCUCUUUGGGCGUACCCAUCAUCGUAAACUACCUCAUGUUCACCAUGGUCCUGGUGACCUUCUCCGUCAUCCUCAGUGUGGUGGUCCUCAACCUGCACCACCGAUCCCCCUCCACACACCACAUGCCUGUGUGGGUCCGCAAGAUCUUCAUCCACAUGCUCCCUCCGUACCUGGGCAUGCUGCGACCCAAAGUGGAGACGCCCUUCUCCCAGGAACAGCCCCCCAGGCGAGAGAAAAACAACAUGGCCAUCAGCCGUGCCGCCGACGAAUACUUCAUACGCAAGCCCAACACCUGCUUCCUUUUCCCCAAGCCCAACAGGUAUCAGUCGGAGGGCCUGUGCACAGACCUGAGGAAGUUCAUUGACGGGCCCAGCCACUUCCUGACUCUGCCCCCGGAGCUGAAGUCAGCCAUCGAGGCCAUCACCUACAUAGCCGAGCAGCUACAGGCUGAGAAAGACUUUGCAGCACUGAAGGAGGACUGGCAGUACGUGGCCAUGGUAGUGGAUCGUAUGUUCUUGUGGAUCUUUGUGGUCUUCACCACCCUGGGAACCCUGGGCAUCUUCGCCGACGCCAGCUUUAACCACACCCCCAGCGACCCCUUCCAGUACCCAUGACAUGGAACCCACGCGCGCACACACACACACACACACACACACACACACACACAAAUACACCCAUGGAAAGGAAUGCACGGAGAAACACAUGCACAAAGUGCCCAAAUUAUACCUCAGCAACCCUCAGAAGCCAUGGCAGUGACCCCUGACCUCUAAAGCAACAGCCAUUGGUACAACUGUACAUGUCAGGAACUGCACACAUUACCUUACACUGAAGCAUUUCUCCGUUCGCCAUUCCCUGGGCUGAAGUCUAACAUUACUGAAAUUCUGGGCAUGUCAGGCGGCUCAGGGCAGGACUGCUGAUCCAGGAUCAGGUUCCCGCUUCUGUUGGAUCUUUUUCAGUAUGUUCUGAAAGGACCAACUGAUCCCGGGGCAGCGCUCCUCUUCUGAGACGCUUCAUGAAUGUGACCCAUACUGCUGUUUGUGGUGUGAGAGGAUGAAGAUAGUGGAAGUUGGAUACUGUAACUGUAUGUGGGUCUUUCUUCUGAGUGGGGUAACGGGUAGCAUAUCUGAUAGUGGACAACUUUUCAGAAAUGGGACAUGUAAUAUUUAAUAUUCAUUUAAAGCAUUUAAUAUUCUUCCAAAAAAAUCCCUCAUGUGCUGUGCUGUCCUGGCUGUCUAGACACACCCCCAAACCCCGACCCUAGACAUUUGGGGACAGUUUUGUGGACCCAGAUUAAGCCCAGUACUGGAGUAAGAAAAUCAAACGCACUUGAGCUUUAUUGCCUGCUGAUAUUCACCAAGCCAACCUGAGGGUAAGAUGGAGCUCUCACCAUGUCACCACCCAAUGGUCCCUCUCAGAUCCCCACAGGUGUCUCUGGAGGGUAGGGCCAAAGGGUUGUUUCUGAACCGGAUGUGGGUCUGAAGAUAACAUUCUCAGUCUGUCACUUAGGUCCUGUCUAAAAUGCUGUCAGAUGUUUGCUUCUUCUGUUCGUGGUAGAAUUUCAGUUCCAUUUCCUUGAUUCACCGCAACCUCCCUUAUCCCCUGUUCUCCCCUCACCGGAUUAGAAGGCCAAAGGUCCCUCCGCUCUAACCUUCCUAUCCAGUGGGCUUUGAGAAAGUGGCAGGAAGAGAGGAUGUGCAAUCUGAGAAAUGCAUUUGGGAUUCUCCUCUUGUACACUCCUACGGUACAUUUCUCACCUCCCUCUCAAAGCAGCGGCGUUUCUCCUCUCAGGCUCCAUUGCUCUUUGACAGGAUGGUGUGGAGGAAACAAGGACAAACAGCAAGAACAUACAAAGAUAGUACUUGACCUUCAUGAGUAUUUUUGAUUGUUCAUUGUUUUACUGAUUAUUGUUAUAAUAUUUAUUUCUGUAAUACAUUAAUAUCCACUAUGGAAAAACAUUGAAAUGCCGUUGAUUAUCUUCAUUCAUCAGGACUUUUUUUUUUAGAAAGGCCAUAAAAGAUCGAGAGGUUGACUGAAGCACCAACAGUUCUGGUUACUAGACAUAACAUAAAGCUUGCAGUGUCCAUGUUUCAUUGUGUGACAUUUUGAAUGACAUGUUGGUGUUUGACUGUUAUGAGAUACAGUUGGGAUCUAAUUGUGCGUAUCUAGACCUGCGUUUGGGUAUGUACACCUCAUGCUGCAAGAAAAAUCUUUUUGAAUGUGAAAUUUUUACCUUAACUAUUGACCCUGAUUGACACGCUUCGAACCCGUCAUUUAAAGAAAGACCCACAUGCCUUUCACUGUCCGUGUCAGAAUGUGUCUGUGUAGCUAGAGAUCUAUGUAUACCUCUUAUAAUGGGCUGUGUAUAUUUGUUUGUAUUCGGGCAAUACUUAUAGUAUGCACACAAACACACACUGAAACACCUGUCAAGC